GCACUCUGUCCCCCCGACUCGCCGCCCUACCUCUCCUCCCGCCGCCGCGGCCGCCGCUCGCCGCUCGCCGCCGCCGCGUCGCCUCGCCCUGCGGCUUCGUGCGAUCCAUUCUACGCUGCUGCGCCGAGCGGGGACGGAGGCGAGGCGAGGCGGGCGGGUGCUCUGAUGGUGCAGGCUUCGGCCGCGGCGCUGCGCCGCCUCGGGCGCCGCCGCGGCGGCGAUCCCGCCGCCGCGCUGCUCCGUUGCGGCGUCGUCCCCUCGUCGUCAUCCUAUUCUGCUCCGGGGACGCUGCUCCCGCUGAAGCAGCCGGUGGGGGAUUGCGGCGGCUGCCGCCGCAGCUUCAGCUCGUCCGCUUGGCUGGGUCCCCGCCUGUGGCGCAGUCUGCAUCGGCGUCAGAGCGCGGCGGCCGCGGCCACGGCCACGGCUUGGGAGGCGCACCACUCGACGAGGAAGAGCUCCAUGGCAACAGUAUCAAGUGAGCCUGACACAUCUGCUUCACAGUCUGAAAUCCUACAUUUCAUCAAAUCCACCUUUGGGACACUUGAAGGGCAAAACCAUUGUUGGUUGAACUGCAUGAAUGACACCUGGAAGACCCUCAAUCAAGGAGUAUACCUUAUCCUUUUAUAUGAAUCUUGUGGAACAUCAGACAGCCAUGGAAAACUUUCAUCUGCUUUUCAAAGAUUGAAGUAUCUUCAACAGAGGUAUCCACGUCUGACUGUUUUCGCUAUGGAGUAUGGGAGUGAUAUUAGUUCCCUACAAAGCCAAACAGUUCAUACAGUAAUGAAGGAGUACUUUACUUUUCCUAUCUUGAUGUCAGAUAAAGACUUUACACAUAUUACAAAUGGUGCUUGCUGCUUGCUAUUUGAAGGUUCUAAGGAUCAUGCCCUCUUCUCAAAUUUGGAUGAAGAGCUUGAGGUUUUGAUCAAGGGCAUGGACAAUGCUGUCUUGAAAGCUGAACCUUCUGACACUGCUUUAGAAUCAAGAGUUUCUUGGCAAAAAGAAGAGGUUCCUAAAGAACCGUAUGUUGGUUCUGUAAGAAAUUUGUUACUAUACCAUCCUGCUUGCAUAUCGGUUGAUGAAGAUGGAGAUCGCAUUUUCAUCUCAGACAGUAACCACCAUAGGGUCAUCAUUAGCAACAGCAAUGGGACUAUUUUAGAUUAUAUUGGAUGCUCCCCUGGCUUUGAGGAUGGUGAAUUUGAAUCUGCCAAGUUCUUGCGCCCUGCUGCAUCAUUUUAUAAUACUGCUGAAGAUUGUCUGUAUAUUGUAGAUUCAGAGAACCACGCAGUUAGAAAAGCAGAUUUGGGAAGGAGGAUGUUAGAGACCGUUUAUCCAGUCUCCAGUAAAAGUAGCAGUGGCAUCUGGAGUUGGAUUGUUGAUAAGCUAGGCUUGAGACGGGAAGAUGCUCCAAGUGAAAAUUUCAUUGCAGAUUCAAUAGCAUUUCCAUGGCAUUUGCUAAAUAUUACAGAAGAUGACUUCUUAGUAGCAGACCGCAACUUUGAAGCAUCAUGGAUCUUGAGUGUAUCAACUGGUCAAAAACAGGAAAUUGGAAGAGGUAUAGCUGAAGAAAUGGAGUCAUAUCAGCAAAUAAUACAUGAAAGAUGUGCUCUCCUGAAGGAUAUGAACAUGAAUUGGUCGUCAAGUGCUAAAGAGCAUUCUGAUCUGUUGGGGAAGAUCCCGUUCAAGGAACUUGUCUCGUCUGUUGCAAGAUUUCAGAAGUACAUUAUCUUCUGUGAUGCAGAUGGUCAAAGGGUUUUGAAGCAUGACUUGGAUACCAAUGGCACCUCAAAUAUUCAAUUUUCGAAUUUUGGGGUCCUUGGGUUGCCGUAUUGGUUUGUUUGCCAUCUCGAGAGAGUAUCAACCAGGGGACAUUCAAUUGGAAAAUUUCAAGAGCAUACCCGUAAAGUAAAUGUGCUCCCAGGAAGAUGCAAUAUAAAGGUUUCUGUAGAUAUACCAGCUGAUACUCAACUUGCCGCGCCUUUGGUCGAGAGUUGUAUUUGGCGCCAAGUAAGGGGAUCUGGUGCUGAGGUAUCUGGUUUUGAUGAACCAUCCACAAGCACAGAAAAGGUUGGUAUAGCACAGCAAUGGUAUGAUGAGAUAGACAACCUAGCUUUUUCUGAAGUUCCUGAGGAACCUACAGUGCAUGAAGGUGAUGAGAACCUUUCAGAUGGAAGUUAUCAAGAACAGAGAAGAGCGCAUUUCAACUGUGUUGUUAAUGUCAGUCCUGGGACAUGCGAGCUGGUGGCCUCUGCUGCGUUGUACCUGAAGAUCGAUAGCGCGAAAGAUGACCACGGAGAACAGAAAUCACUGGUGAAGAGGAUCAUCCAGUGCCAGCGUCGCGAGGAUCACGCAGGCGUUGAGCUACUGAUGGAGAGCUGCAAGGAUUCGAGGGACCUGACAAUCAUGAAGCCGGUGCACCUGAGGCUGAUGCUGGAGUGUGCCGAUCAUCCUGCUGGGACCACCAACAAGGAGACCAUCAGCUCAGAGUCCAGCUUUGAGAUAAACAUCUCUUUAGAUUAGUUUCCAAUGAUACGCAUAGCAUGAUAGAGCAGCAGAGUAGUUUGAUUUGUUCGCUAGAGAGAGAAAUUCAACACUUUCAGAUAGUUUUGUAUCUCGAUGGUCCUGUUCCACAUGAAAAUUUUCAGUUGAGAAACUGGUUCAUGGAGCACUUAAGUUUUUUUUUUCUUUUGGCUCAACUUUACUACCACAAGUCUGUAAUAACUUUCUCCACUUAAAUAGUCUAAAAGUUCGAAUCCAAAAUUUUGAAUUCAACAAAAAUCGAAAUUCGUUGCA